AUGAUCCAGAAAUUUUCCCGCUUCGUCAACACAGGCAGCGGUCUGGAAAAGACCCUCCGCCUGAUUCAAUGCGUGUCGCAGGUUGUUGCAGCGCUCACCGAGAGCAGUGCCCUGGCUGUGCAAUUGACGACCGUCAAGCUGCAAUUGGCCCUGACGCGGAGAUACUUCCGCUUCUUUGGAUUCAUUGACUCGUUCCAGCGGGUGUCUGCCCUGCUUGGCGGGGAUGGGUUCAGUUCGGUGACUGGUCUAAUUGACCUAGCCAAAUGGACUUGCUUCGGUUUGUACUUUGUCCUAGAGGAUCUCACCAUUCUUCAUGCAAUGGGAGUUUACGCGGUUCCCUGGAAUGACCGUGUGAUGGACCAGGCCAAUACCUUCUGGCUGUACGCUCUGUCUUUCUCUGUGGUAGGGUCUAUCUGGGCGCUUCUUUUCAGCAGCCCCAAGCAGCCAGCCAAGGUCACGAAGAACGAAAAAGCCCAAGAGAAGGUCGCACCUGUCCAUACCACCGCUGCCUCCACUCUUAUGAAGCGGGUGGUGGUCGAUGGAUGUGAUCUGCUCAUUCCAUUGGAGCUCUUGGCCUGGUGGCCCACCGGAGACGUGGUUAUUGGAUCGGCCAUGAUGCUGAGCACGCUACUCACUGCUCAAGAUAUUUGGACAAAGUUGGCAUAG